CACACACUCUCUCUCUCUCUCUCUUUCUCUCUCCACCUUUAUAUGCAAAAGAUUCUCUCACUAAUUUCAAUUCCUUGAUCAUCAUCCCCUCAGAGACUCCAUUUCCUCUCUUGUUUUCAAAAUCUAAACGCAUAGGAAAACAACUUUCGAUCUCUCAGUGGUAUUAAUAUAGUAUGGAAGUCGACUCUCAAAUGGCUUCUGAAGUACCAGUACUGAAGGCUGAUACAGAGGAGAAAGCCGAUACAGUCAAUGUAACAAAUGGAGACUUGCCACAAGUAGAAAAAGCAGGGAAGAAAGAAGAGGAUGAGACUGAUGGAGAAUUCAUAAAAGUAGAGAAGGAAUCACUUGAUGUCAAGGAUGCUUCUCCUACAGUUGAGCCAGCAAAUGCAGAUGAGGAGAAGCCAUCGGCCACAGAUGGAAGCUUAAGCAGUUCAACCAGGGAAUUAUUGGAAGCACAGGAGAAGGUUAGGGAUCUUGAACUUGAAUUGGAAAGAGUAGCUGACGCAUUAAAGCAUUCUGAAUCAGAAAAUACCAAGAUGAAAGAAGAGGUAUUGCUUGCAAAUGAGAAGUUAGAGAUUGGUGAAAAGAAGUAUGUGGAGCUUGAGCUUGAUCACAGGAAAUUGCAAGAACAGCUAAUUGAUGCUGAGGAGAAAUAUAGUUCACAGCUUGGCACUUUGAAUGAAGCUCUGCAAGCACAAGAUAUGAAGCACAAGGAAUUGACUGAGGUGAAAGAAGCAUUUGAUAGUCUCAGCCUUGAGGUUGAGAGCUCUAGAAAGAGUUUGCAAGAGUUGGAGCAAAAGCUACAAUUUUCUGAAGGUGAGGCAAAGAGGUUUGAGGAGUUGCACAAACAAAGUGGUUCACAUGCUGAAUCUGAGACACAAAGGGCUGUGGAGUUUGAGAGGCUGCUUGAAGAAGCAAAAUCAAGUGCAAAAGAAAUUGAAGGUCAGAUGGCUUCCCUUCAGGAGGAAGUCAAGAGCCUAUAUGAGAAGAUUGCAGAAAACCAGAAAGUUGAACAAGCCCUUAAGGACACUACAGCAGAACUUGCAACAGUUAAUGAAGAACUUGCACUUUCAAAAUCACAACUGAUGGACAUGGAGCAAAGAUUCUCUUCAAAGGAGGUUCUUAUUAGUGAACUAACCCAAGAACUAGAUCUGAGGAAAGCUUCAGAAUCUCAGGUGAAGGAAGAUAUCUUGACAUUGGAGAAUUUGCUCACUACAACUAAAGACGAUCUUCAAGCAAAGGUUUCAGAGUUAGAAGGCACUAGGUUGAAGCUGCAAGAGGAAGUCAAUGCAAGGGAAUUGGUUGAAGCAGCAAUUAAAGACCACCAGGGACAGGUCUCAGCUAUACGUGAAGAACUGGCAAAAGUAAUUAAAGAAAAAGAAGCUCUUGAAGCAACUGUGACAGAUCUCACUAGUAAUGCAGCACAAAUGAAAGAAUUAUGCAAUGACCUUGAAGACAAGUUGAAGGUUUCAGAUGAGAAUUUCUCUAAAGCGGAUCUUCUUUUGUCUCAAGCUUUGUCAAACAAUGCAGAGCUUGAACAAAAAUUGAAGUCUUUGGAAGAGGUUCACAUUGCAGCUGGAGCUGCUGCAGCAUCUGCUACUGAAAAGAAUUUGGAGCUUGAGGAUUCAAUCCGAGCUUCACAUGAAGCAGUAGAAAAUGUAAAUUCCCAACUGAGAGAACUUGAGACAUGCUUGAUCGCAGCAGAGCAGAGGAAUGUGGAACUUGAGCAACAACUGAAUUUAACUGAAUUGAAAAGCAGUGAUGCUGAGAGAGAAUUGAGAGAAUUCUCACUGAAAAUAACUGACCUCAGUGCUGCAUUGAAAGAACUGGAGGAGGAAAAGCAAAAAUUGAGCCACCAGAUGCAGGAAUACCAGGAGAAGAUAAACCACCUUGAAUCUUCCCUAAAUCAAUCAUCGACAAGAAGUACAGAGCUUGAGGUUGAGCUGAGGAUUGCCACAGAGAAGUGUGCUGAACAUGAGGACCGAGCGAACAUGAAUCAUCAGCGCAGCCUUGAACUUGAAGAUUUGUUCCAGUUGUCUAAUUCCAAAGUAGAGGAUGCCAGCAAAAAGGUAAAUGAUUUGGAGUUGUUACUCGAAGCAGAGAAGUAUAGAAUUCAGGAACUUGAAGAGCAGAUUAGCACAUUAGAAAACAAAUGUGUGGAUGCAGAAGCAGAGUCCAACAGAUACUUUAACAGAGUAUCUGAACUCACAGCUGAGCUAGAGGCAUUCCAAGCAAAGGCAUCAAGCCUUGAAAUUGCACUGCAGACAGCCAAUGAAAAGGAGAGAGAGCUAAUGGAAAGCCUGAAUUCUGCGACAGAUGAAAAGAAAAAGUUAGAAGAUGCAUCAAUUGAUUCCAGUCAGAAGCUGGCCGAUGCUGAGAAUCUUGUGGAAGUCCUACGCAAUGAAUUAACUGUGAUGCAGGAGAAGUUGGAGGGCAUUGAAAAUGAUCUAAAGGCCGCUGGACUGAAAGAAAGUGAUGCAAUGGUGAAGCUCAAGUCUGCUGAGGAACAGCUAGAGAGACAAGAAAAAUUAUUAGAGCAGGCUACUGCUAGACACUCUGAGCUUGAAUCAUUACAAGAAUCACUGGCAACUGAUUCAGAACUCAAACUUCAAGAAGCGAUAGAAAAAUUCACCAGCAAGGAGUCUGAGGCAAAAACCCUAGUUGAGAAACAGAUGAUUCUUGAAGACCAAGUGAAGUUAUAUGAAGAGCAGGUAGCUGAAGCAACUAGGAAAUCUGCAUUUCUGAAGGAAGAAUUGGAUUUAUGUUUGCUAAAAGUGGCUUCUAUGGAAACCUCAAAUGAGGAACUUAAAAAACAGAUAAUAGAAGUAGAAAAUAGAGCUUCUAACACUUCCUCAGAUAAUGAACUACUCGUUGAGACAAACAACCAACUCAAAAGCAAGGUCAAUGAACUUCAGGAAUUGCUCAAUUCUGCGGUUUCUGAGAAGGAAGCCUCAUCUCAGCAACUUGCUUCUCACAUGAACACUAUCACAGAAAUAUCAGAUACGCACUCAAGGGCUCUGGAACUUCAUUCGGCAACUGAAGCUCGGAUGGUUCAAGCAGAAGCGGAGCUACAGGAGGCCAUCCAGAAACUAACUCAGAAGGAUGCUGAAACAAACAAUUUGAAUGAGAAGCUAAAUGCACUUGAAGGCCAAAUGAAAUUGUAUGAAGAACAGGCUCAUGAAGCAUCUGCAAUAGCCGAAACUCGGAAACUUGAGCUGGAAGAGACUUGCCUGAAAUUGAAACAUUUGGAAAGUAUUGUUGAAGAACUGCAAAACAGGUCAAGUCACUUUGAGAAAGAAAGUGCAGCACUAGCGGAGGCAAAUUUGAAGCUCACUCAGGACCUAGCCUCAAAUGAGUCCCAACUGAGCGAUUUACAGUCAAAACUGUCUGCAGCAGAGUCGGAGAAGGAUGAAACAGUAGAACAGCUUCACAAUUCAAAAAAGGCCCUAGAGAAUUUAACUCAGCAGCUUACUGAUGAAGGACAAAAACUACAGUCUCAGAUAUCUUCAGUCAUGGAAGAGAACAACCUUCUCAGUGACACGUAUCAAAAUGCAAAGAAGGAACUUGAAUCAGUGAUCAUCCAGCUUGAAGGUCAAUUGAAAGACCAGAAAGCAAAUGAAGAAGCCCUAAAAUCUGAGAUUGAAAAUCUCAAAAUGGAGGUUGCGGAGAAGUCAGCAUUGCAAACCCGUGUCAAGGAAUUUGAAGAAAAAUUAGCAGCAGCUGAGGCUCGUCUGAAAGAAGAGGUUGAAAGCAUUCAGGCAUCUGCCGCUGGAAGAGAAGCUGAGUUAACCUUGAAACUGGAAGAUCAUGCAAAGAAAGUCCAUGAUAGAGAAAUGUUAAAUGAUCAAGUUCUUCAGCUUCAGAGUGAAUUACAACUUGCUCAGAGCAUUGUUACUGCACAGAAGGAAGCAAAUUCUCAAAAAGAUUUAGAAAGAGAAGCAGCUAUGAGGAAAUCCCUUGAAGACCUUGAUGCUAAGAACAAAGCAAUCAUACUUCUAGAGAACAAAGUGAAGGAGCUUGAGCAGAAAUUGCAACUUGCAGAUGAAAAGUUACUACACAAGGACGAUGGGGGUAAUUUGGCUGAACACAACGAUGGAACAGAAAUCAAAUCCAGAGAUAUUGGAUCAAUGAUUUCUGCUCCAACAAAAAGGAAGAGUAAGAAAAAGUUAGAGGCUGCUGCGACUGCGCAAACGUCAUCAUCCUCUUCGGAGAUGCAUGUCCAAACUAAAGAGGUCUCUCAAGGCAUGAACAUUAAGUUCAUUCUGGGAGUGGGUGUUGUAUCUAUCAUCAUCGGCAUAAUCCUAGGGAAGAGGUAUUAGUUUUGGUGUUAUGAGUCUUGGUUUUUCAUGUAUCUAGGUUUUGUUUCCUAUUUGUUUAUCUGCUAUUGUUCUUUUUUUAAAUUAUUUUCUGUAAUGAUCCUUGUUUCUAUUUAAGAUUACGCACAGCAGAUUGAAACCUUUGCUUGCAUACUUUCCUAGCAUAGGUGUUUGAAGUUGGUAAGGGAAAUUGUUUUUCAAUAUCAUCUCUUACCUGAAUGCAAAGAUGGUUAUUUCAUGUAAUAUUCAAGUUUGGGUUUGGUCUUA